AUGCGUCUCCUAGACGCCAGAACUCUGGAGCUCGUCGAUGUAGUCGACAACAACGUCCCUCGCUAUGCCAUCCUGUCGCAUACAUGGGGCGACGAGGAAAUCACCAUCCAGCAGCUGCGGCGCCUCGGCGGCUGCUCGCAGGUCUCGCUGGCGUCUCCCCAGACGCUCGACAAAAAGAGGCGGGCCACCGUCCUCAAGAAGGGCUACAUCAAGAUCUCCGGAGCUGCGCAAUUGGCCGUGAGCCGCGGCCUCGACUAUCUGUGGGUGGACACUUGCUGCAUCGACAAGACCAGCAGCGCCGAGCUGUCCGAGGCCAUCAAUUCCAUGUACCUGUGGUACGAGCAGUCGGCCGAGUGCUACGCCUUUCUCGCUGACGUCGAGCCGCCUGAUGAUGCAAACCCCGACGGCGACGUGUUGCACGACAAUCUCCGCCGCAGCCGCUGGUUCACAAGAGGAUGGACGCUUCAGGAGCUCAUUGCCCCAAAGCUCGUCCUCUUCUACGCCAAGGACUGGAGCUUGCUCGGCCAGAAAGAUGCCCCGGCCGACUUCACCAACAUCAUCAGCGAGAUUACCAACAUUGACAAGGAGGUCUUGAAUGGCAGGAUAGAUCCUCUUCAACUAAGUGUAUCCGCUCGCAUGGCCUGGGCAUCUCGCAGGAACACGACGAGGCCCGAGGACACUGCGUAUUGCUUGAUGGGCUUGUUCCAGGUUAACAUGCCGCUGUUGUAUGGCGAGGGCCAGCGGGCAUUCACACGCCUUCAGGAGGAAAUCAUCCAGCGCACCGAUGACCAGUCGAUCUUUGCCUGG